CGGGUUCAUGGGAAGAAAAGGAAGAGCCAAAUUCAUACCAUCUGGAGCACACAACGAAGGACCAGGACUCCAACAUUUAGCUCUUACAAGCGAAGAUAUCUUCAAAACACUGCGAGAAAUGAGAAAGAGGAGCGGAAUCGGAGGUUUCGAGUUCAUGCCGUCGCCAACGUACUAUAAGAAUUUAAAGAGCAGAGCUGGCGAUGUUCGGAACGAUGAACAAAUUAAAGAGUGUGAAGAAUUAGAGAUUUUAGUGGAUAGAGAUAACUAGGGAACGAUGCUUCAAAUCUUCACCAAGCCUGUUGGAGACAGAAUUUGGGUGCUAGCAAAGGUGGUGGCUCGAUUGGGUCUAUAUGGUCAAAAUUGCUUGGUUGGUUGCUCGACUGGGUUUUCUGGAAUCAAUGAUGCUGGGGUGAAAGUUCGCAUGAUGUUUUGUGUAUUCUGGUGAUUCUCAAGUCCAUUUCCCGCGUUCGCAUUCUAUGCUUAUCACUUUUGGCGAUGAUUUUUUGGUAGGAGGCGUGUCUGGAUUCCAGCCACCGCCCGACCACGGUGGCGCUACCGUCACCAUGGAUUCCAGUGUGAGUGACAAAUCUGAAAAGCCAAUGCGAGAGGAAGGAGGAAAUUGAAAAACUUAGUGGGUUGUGAAAUUACCAAAUUGUCCAUGGUUUUAACACUAGUUAGAGAGAAAUUUGACAGUAGGGUUACAUUGGCUACAAUUAAAACAGGCGGUUUACCCUUAAACCCUGAGGAUUUUGACUUGAGCGAGCGAGCGAGCUCCAGCAAGCAGCCUUAAGCUUAAAACCCCACUCCCCAGAUAUCAGAGGCUUAAACGGCAUUCCGGCAGGGAAGACGAGGGAUAAGCAAUGAGAGAGAGGAAUUUGCUAUUGAUUCUGAGGCAAAAUAAAGCCUUGGGCUCCAAGAUUUCAUCGAAUCUGAGCGGGUGGUUGAAUCAAACCUCGGGUAUUUCGAGCCAAACCUCCGAACACUACAGGCUUUUAUCUUCUUUAGCAAAGCUUGCUCCUUUAAGCAGGCGCUCAAUUACCCGAAGCUUUGUCAAUUAUGGGUUCAGAUCCUUUCAUCAGCUCAAUCACAAGGGCUACAGGUCACCAUUUAGGCAUUAUUCCACUGCACCAUCUACUGUUGCUGAAACUAAGGAGGGAUUGAAGUUCCUUGUAACUGCGGGGCCACGUGCUCAGAAAAUGAUUGGGAUAUGGCUUUUUACUUCAGCUGCUUGGGUAUUUAGUAUGGUGGUGCUUGGGGGUGUCACACGCCUCACUCGUUCUGGCCUCUCAAUGACUGACUGGAAGUUUACGGGGGGCUUGCCUCCUCUAUCUGAUGAAGAAUGGACGGUUGAAUUCGAGAAAUAUAAGCAAUCUCCCGAGUACAAUCGUGUGAACAGGGGGAUGACAAUUGAAGAUUUCAAGUUCAUAUAUUGGAUGGAAUAUGCACAUCGAAUGUGGGGAAGGGCGUUAGGUAUAAUGUUUGCACUUCCUUUCUCAUACUUCCUUCGCAAGGGAUAUAUUACUGUUCGAUUAGGGCUUCGACUCUCUGGCCUAUUUGCCCUUGGUGCUGGACAAGGACUUAUAGGCUGGUGGAUGGUUAAAAGUGGUUUGGAGGAGCCACCAUCUGAGUAUGUCAUACCAAGAGUGAGCCCUUACCGCCUUGCAGCUCAUCUUACUUCUGCCUUUGCCAUUUAUUGCGGCCUCUUUUGGACUGGUCUCUCUGUUGUUAUGCCUGAACCUCCCGCUGAAUCUCUUGCUUGGGUUCACGGGGCAGCAAAAGUAAAGCGACUUGCACUUCCUGUUGGCAUCCUUGUUGGAAUUACAGCUAUAUCAGGAGCAUUUGUUGCUGGAAAUGAUGCUGGCCAUGCAUUUAAUACUUUUCCAAAAAUGGGAGAUACUUGGAUUCCAGAUGAUGUUUUCAGUAUGAAGCCUCUCAUUCGCAACUUUUUUGAAAAUACUGCAACAGUCCAGCUUGAUCAUCGAAUACUUGCCACUGCAACAUUAGCUUCCAUUAGUGGCUUAUGGUGGGCUACAAGGAAACUAGAUCUUCACCCUGCAAUACGGUCUUUGAUUGGAAGCACUGUGGGUAUGGCUGCUCUACAGGUUACAUUGGGCAUUUCAACGCUUCUUUCGUAUGUGCCUGUUUCACUAGGAACUGCUCAUCAGGCCGGAGCUCUAACGCUUUUAACACUGAUGAUUCUGCUCAACCACACCGUGAGGCGCCCAUCUCCAUCGCUUCUCAAGUCACUGCCUGCACUUACAAAAACAGUCUGAUAGUAUACACUGAGAUUGCAUGUUUCUACUCUCUUGUUUUUGACAAUUCCUGUUGUCCUAUUUGUGAUACCUCUGCACUGCAGAGAAGCAGCAAAUGAAGGUUUUUGCUUCUCCUCAUGAACUUCUAUGUUUUAGUUUGUAUUCAAACUUUGAGAAUCAUUUAUCACAUACCAAUUAACAUUUCAACCAUCAAUAACAAAACAUUAUCAAAGUUUACUAAGCUUA